UCUUCCUCUGCACAGGUUUUGAUAAAUCUCCCCCAUGGUUGUUACCCAGAGAGCACCAGCUAACCAGGUGACUUGCAGCUUGACCUAUGGGCACCUUGCUCAGCCCCCUUUAUAAGAGGAGGAACCAUUACAAUGUCUCUCUUGUUGCUGAGGUCAAGUCCAGUCCAGACGUCUCAGGGCCAGUGUCCAGCACAUCUGGAGGCCUCAAGCCUAAAUUACAGCCACAUGUAUAUCCUAAAGGUCACCAGACCAAAUCUAAGUCUCAACUUUCCCCCUAAUCUACAAAGGAGAUCAGACGUGCCAACAGUCACACCUUGGCUGGCCCCUAUUGUCUGGAAUGGGAUCUUCAGCAGAGACAUUCUCAAUGCUCAAUUUCAUCAGAUCGAUGUCCGCGUUGGUCUUACGGUAUUUGCCAUAAAAAAAUACGUCAGGUUCCUUAAUAAAUUCAUCGAGUCGGCUGAGAAGUUCUUCAUGGUUGGACACAAGGUCAAUUAUUAUGUGUUCACAGAUCGGGCCAAUGAGAUUUCCAAUUUCACCCUCGCCGAAGGUAGACAACUGGUCAUCUUGGAGGUUCCAGCCUAUGAAAGGUGGCAGGAUGUCUCCAUGAGACGUAUGGAGAUGAUCCGAGACUUCUCCAUUAAGCGCUUUGUCAAUGAGGUGGAUUACUUGGCGUGUGUAGAUGUGGACAUGGAGUUUUCUGAUGACUUUGGGGUAGAAAUCUUAAGCAAUGUUUUUGGAGCUUUACAUCCUGGAUUCUUCGAUAAAACUCGAAAAGAGUUCACCAACGAGCGCAGGCCACAGUCCAGCGCCUACAUACCGUAUGAUGAUGGAGACUUUUAUUAUUCGGGAGCAUGUUUUGGAGGCGUAAUAGAAGAGGUCAUUAGGUUGACCAACUACUGUCACCAGGCCAUGAUGGCCGACAAGCAGCAAAAUAUGGAGGCGAUUUGGCAUGACGAGAGUUAUUUAAAUAAAUAUUUUGUGUUCUAUAAACCGACCAAAAUCCUGUCACCGGAAUAUAUAUGGAACAAUUAUUAUGGCUCUCCAGCCGUUGUACAAACCAAAAGGUUCCUUCAUGUAGACAAAAAUUAUGAAGAGGUCAGAUUUUAACAAUGGUUUUUGCCCAGCCAUAUUGAGCAUUGAAGGGGUAUUGAUUUAAAGUAAGAAAAAUGUCUAAAAUCUUUCAAAAGUUUCCAUAUGAUGAACAAAAACCUUCCAAAUUUUAUGAUGAAAGACAAGGAUGUAUGUAGAAGAAGGACAAGCCGAUGGACCAUUGGUGUUGGUGAGAUCUGGAUAUCUGUGGGUCCUUUUAUACUUGUGGCCCUCACAUAGCUUGAGGUGAAGUCUUCUCAAGUACGGUAUCUACAUCACAGUUAAUCCCCCUGUGUAGACCCUCUACAGCAGAGGACCUACUUAUAUAGUACCUCCAUAUAGUACCUCACACAUAAAAUCUGUAGAUUUGGCUGACAUUCAUCAUGUGUAUAUCUACCUUAAAGGGGCACAGGAUAGGGGAUAAGAUGUCUGAUUGCGGGGGUCCCACCGCCGGGGACCCCCGAGAUCUCGGCUAUGGCACCCGUUAACUGGUGCGUAGAGCGAACUUCGUUCCAUGCGGAAUGACUGGCAAUGCGUGGCCGGAAGCUCGUGACAUCACUUAUUUUGGUGAAAUGGCUCAUUCCGGUUUGAGUUCCCUCCCUACAAUUCCUUCAAUGAUCUCCCUCCCAUUAAGCGGUCCACCUAUUGAAGCUCAGACAGGUUUCCUCUGAUCACCUGAAUUGCGACAUAAUGUCUCGGGCAGCACUGAAACCUGGGAACAUUUGAGACAACACUUAUUUUGUAUGCUGCUAAAAAAUAAAACAUCGGGGCAAAGAUCACAUAAGAAUUGCAAAAUCAUCAACCAAACACAGGUACAGACACAAUAUUGUAAACUACACUAACCUUACAGUCAAAUAAAAAAUAAAUCCUGGAAUACCCCUUUAAAACUUCCCAUGAAAGUACACCAUGAAAGUCUGCUGGGAGUUGUAGAUUCACAGGAAUUACAUUAAUGACUGCCAAACUAAUAUCUAGAGAAACAAAGCACGGACAUGUUAUAUUUCAUGUGCUCAUUCCUUUAGAUCCAGCACCAAAAGGUAUGGCCAAAAUAAGAUAUAGUAAACAGGAGAUAAUUAAAUGGGCACUGUCAGAUACAAAAACCUUUCAUAUGUUGUAAAGCAUGUGCUGUAUAACCAAUAGGUUUUGCAAUUGCUUUUAUUAGAAAAUUU